AUGCCCAUCAGUAUCACCGCGACCCUGAACCACCUCAGGCAAAAGCGACGCAAGUCUCAACUACGGCUCUCGACUUCUGCCCCUCCACUAUGGUCGCUCGGGAACAUGGACUUCACUGAAUUCGACCCGGCCAAAGACUGGGUGAAAAGCAUCGUCGACCAACUCUCCGUCCCUGACGACAAGUACCUCGGCCUCAACGAGCUCUUCGACCCCGCGCUCGUUGAGUUCUAUGUCGAGUCUUCCGAGCCUGCCGCCAACAGUAAACCUUCCUCCUCUCCGGGAGGGGAUGCCACGGAACCAUUGGACAGACUGAGGAACCUCGUCCUCGCUGUCGAGUUCCACCGCUCACCGGCCAAAACGGACGUUUUCUGGCACGGCGUCUUCACCGUCGCAGAGGAGCGCCAAUGGCUACGGAAAGCUCGAGGAAUCUGCAACGCAUGGGCAGAGCUCUACCUCAACGGUGUGCCCUCUGACAUGCACCCUCGGAUGCUCACUGGUAUUGCCGGCGCGCCGAGGGACGACGAGUGGGUCGCAGCCUCCCUCGCUGCAGGGCGCUUAUAUUCCUUGGGGUACGGCUACUCGUCCUAUUCCUGGGAUAAGCUCAUGCAGGGCCUGGGCGACCGCGCCAACUGUGACAGCAUGCGCCUGGGAUCAUGCGUCCAACUUCUCGCCGGCGGACAGAAGAUCAAGCAGUGGAUAUACGGAACAGGCCCAGUCUGUGAACCUGGCAAGUUCGCGGGAUGGCUGCAGAAGCCCGAGAAACCCUUCGGUGAAGCCUUUUGGCAAUCCAUACUCGACAACCUCGAGACACAGCAGGUGCAUGCGCUGUCUCCUCAAGUUUCAGAAUUACUCAAGGCGACUCGCGAGCACCUCAUGAACGACGGCCCCGAUCUGACGAGCGAACAAGUCACUGAAAUUAUCUGGCCAAAGCAGCUGCUGGAGGAACUGAAGGAGGUACCAGAAGUACCCGAUGAAAGCCCCAAUCGAAGCUCUGAUGCGACAGAGUCACCCAGUCGGCCUGCAUCACCAACAUGA